GUUUUUCGUCGUUCAACAAAAAUACAUAUUUCUGCUGCAUCGUUCAUAGAGUGCACAUCAAGCGAAACCUCAUUCGGUGUUAAUUUUUACGUUGUACUUACGCGAAAGAAAAUGCACGAUUCUUAAGUGAAAAUGUUUCCAGAGAAAAUUUUCACCCUUGUUGGGUUUGAAGUAAAGAAAGAAAAGUGAACUUUCCUGGAGCAGGCUGCUGGAGGAGAAAAGGAAACGAUGAAAGGAAAAUAGUUCUCGGAAAAAAGCAGGGAUAGUCACUUUUCACGAACGCUGUUGCUCCUGCCGAUGGUACUACUGCGUGUGCCAUCGUCGUGAACGCAAACCGCGAAAGUCUUGUUUCAUAUUCAGGAACAAGACGACGCGAAACGCGAGAAAAGGGAGCUAUUUAUAGCACGCAUCUGUGCCUGCUGCUUGCGGCCGCAGCAACUCCAAAGGAAAAUACUAGAGCAGAAGAAACGCACCGCUAGCUUUUUUAGUUGGCGUAGAACAUCAGACAUUUUAUCACCUUUCCAUUCUUUCCGCCUCUGGCAGGCAUCAGAUCGGGAAUGGAUUACAUACAAAGAGAACCGCGGCAAACGUGACGUCACGUCAUCAUUACAACUACUCCAUGGUCCACAGGAAGGGGCUAGCAACCGGACAUCGCCAGAACAGCUCAAUCCACCAAGAAUAAUGUAAAGUGCAUUUUUGAUAACGAUGUGAAGACCCUAAGUUACCGGGUAGAAAAUGUUGCAUAUUCUCAGAAGUGACUAACGACGUAGCGAGGAACCAUAUUUCAGCAUCUGCAAUGUCCUAGGGAAAAAAAUCGAAUAGUUGGGUGGGAGAAAGUACAUAGUGCAAUGUUCGUAACCAAGUUCUAGUCAUCUUCGCCAACCUUCGCGACGACGGUACAGCAGGCAGCAAGGAGAGAAUUAUACACAAAUAUUUAUUUAGUUCUAAGAGAAAGAAGAGAAGUGUAGCUCUGCGAAUUUCUCGCGGAAACAAGGAAUAUACCCAACCAGUGUGUGCACUGUAAUGCAUUUCAGUUCGGUUGUCGUGUGUGGGAGAAGAAAAGUCAUUUGCCAUAGUGUGCCAUAAAUAAUAGAGUUGCAAAAUUUAUAUUCCCGUUCUCCUUGAGUUGGAUAAGUGACGAAGAAAAGUUUUCACACCACCAAAGUGAAAGAAGAAUUACUAUUCUAUCUGUGAGCUAGAUUACAUAUACGCUUUUCCAAUGGGUCAAAUGGGCGGUAGUAGGUUGGUUUAUGCUUAGCUGUGCAAAUCGAAUUUUCACGCAUGGUUUAGUGCUGUUGAUGGCAGAAGCAUGCCAAACACAAACGAAAACUCUCAUUCCGGUUCAACCGGUGACGAUCUCGGUAGCACGGAUGAGGUGAAGGUGUUUAAAGACGAAGGAGACCGGGAAGAUGAGAAAGCAUCAUCGGAAAAUCUGCUAGAAGAAAAGUUCAAUUUGAUUGAUUUAACGGAAAGUGCCGAAAAUUUGGUUAAAAAUUCCUCCCGCCAAGACUUGAGCCCACCGUAUGCUGGCGGAGGUAGUGGUGGAAGUAGUGCCGGUAAACUCAACUCGCCGGACCACUCGCCUGGAUUCAACAUGGGAUACCUGCCGCCUUAUCAGUAUUCAAGUGGAACGGCCAGUGCAAUUCAGGGUUCGAUGAGCAAAAUCGGCUUGUCACAGUUCUUCUGCAAUGAGGAUCCACUCUCCAACCCACCACCAGCUCAUUGUGGAAUCAUUCCUUACCAACUGGAUUCCAAAGCGAUUGGCCUAUCCGCACGCCAAUCACUUUACUCUUUUUCCACCAGCCAGUAUCCUUAUCCUAUACUUUCCUCCAACAUGCUCCCGGUGCCACCUUCGUGGCAUACUCCGUCGAUGUAUUCGACUGCUCCCAGUUUCCGAAACUCCUACCCAUCCUCUCUGCAGAUUUACACCACCCUGGCAAGUGAUCUGUACUCGCGCUAUCAAUCUUCCUCGCUGCUUAAUUCCGUGCAUCCGCACAACGUACUCAGCCAGGUGAAACAAGAAGUUUCAGCGGCACAAGAAGCGUCACAUAACUACAGCGUGCGGCAGGCACAUCAACAUGGGCAAGGUGGUAGCAAAUCCACGGAUCUGCCACAGGAACUAACGAACCGCUAUUCCCGGCCCUCUAAUAGCAGUAGUGCAGGUGGCAGCAGUACCAGCUCUAGCAGUGGUGGCACCAAGAAGAAAGGCUCUGCUACGGCCAACCAGCAGCAACAGCAGAACCAUAAACCACAUAUCAAAAAACCUCUGAACGCAUUUAUGCUCUACAUGAAGGAGAUGCGAGCAAAGGUGGUGGCCGAGUGCACACUGAAGGAAUCCGCGGCGAUCAACCAGAUUCUCGGUCGAAAGUGGCACUCACUUUCUCGGGAGGAACAGAGUGUAUACUAUGACAAAGCCCGCCAGGAGCGGCAACUUCACAUGGAAAUGUACCCCGGCUGGACGGCACGAGACAAUUACGGUUACGGUGCAAAAAAGAAGCGGAAAGCGAAAAAGAAAGAUCAACUGGGUUCGGAAGCGGCAAGCAGUACCCACCCAAACUUUGCUUUCCCGCUCGAAAAUCGCUUUUUGGCUUUCUCCUAAAGGAUUAUCUGCCGCUUGUUAUCAAAGCAAUUCGGAAAUCUAGCCCGUUACACCGCUUCCGGUCAAGUGCCAGCGGGAAUUUCACUAGCAGACUUUCAGAUUUCCAGCAUCGGGUGUAAACACUGGAGGUAUACAGCAGCAUACGUGUGUGCCACCCAUCACCAUCAUCAAUAUUGUCGAUGGCAGUCAGUGUAGUAGCCCUAUAGUAUGUUCUAACUUCAUGCCUUAACCUCACCCAUCAGCAUCAUCAUCACCAUCAUCAACUUCGUCAACAUUCUAAGCACUUCAAUCCUGUUUCAAUAGUCAGACUAACGGAUCUUUGCUGCUCCUACCACCACUAAGGUCCUUUUUUCAUGCUACACCGGUGAAAAUAUUGAUACAAUAUACAACAAAAAGCAUACAAAAGAUUGACAGAAAAUCUAUGUAAUAACAAUGUUUGGUUUUAUUCUUUAAAAAGCUGCAUUACACGAUAGACGCCCUACUAUAAGGUCCUAUAUGGGAGCCUGUCCUAGCGUAGCAAUAUUGCUAUUAUUAUUAUUAUUAUCAUUACUAUUAGUGUGUAUUUUUGCCGGUGCCGCCACAUCAUCGCAGACGAGGGAUUCACAUGGGAUAUAACAUUUAAAUCAAACCAGCCGACCGACAGAGAUCGACCGACCUGACACGCCGCUACCACAUCAACACGUUCGGUUCGGUUCCUCUCUCCCCUCCGUUGCCGCUAGAUAUGUCGGUCGGAUGUGAUUUUUAGGGGUGAUCGCAUUUUCCUAGAGGAGUUUCUAUAAAAGGGUUGCUGUUGGGUGCUUCUGAGCUUUAAAACGGGUAACGGGACUUGAUUGUAACUGGUUGACAUUUUGAAUCGAGUAAUUAAUUUGCAAAAAAAAUGAAUUUCUAUGCGCAACAACGUUUUUAGUUGGAAAUUAUACAAAAUAUAUAUAAUUCAGAUUGAAAAAAUACUCAUGAAGUAGCACCAUAGUUCCUUUGACUUUUGUCUGCGAUAGUUGGUUCAAGAGGUACGAAUUUUUGAGGUAAGAUGGCUUUUCUUGAAGUUUUCUGGCAAAAAAGGAGACCUCGAAUUUUUAAGGCAUUGCAUUCGUCUACAAGUGUUAAUGGACCUGUCCGCUUAUACAGAGUGUUCAAUAAGUUCCAAUGCACUUUAAAAAUGUGUUUAAAAAAUGAAAAUACAAGAUAUUCUUUUCUGAGUCAAUUUUUAUUGAAGCAGUGUUUAAUGAGAACCUUUACGACAUCUUUGGUGGAAAAAUCGCCAUAAGGAUUAAAAAAUUAUGGCUAAUAAACCCACACAAAAGCACAUCACAUGUUUUUUUGCGAUUCGGCAUUACUGCUGCUGCUCGCUUGAAUCGUAAUUAUUCAAAUUCAACUCAAUUUUCCGAACAGUUUUCGCAUAGCGUCAACUGCAAAACAGCGCAUCGCUAUCGCUCAUUCCUGCUCAGUGGGAAACUCCAUAACAUCAUCUCGUCGGCUUCGCCGCAUCAGCAGGAAAAACUCUCGAGAUGAAGCGAUGAUAGCUCCCAAUGAUGUGCGAUGAUGCUGAUGAUGAUGAUGAUGAUGACGAUGAUAGUGAUGAGCACACCGUAGUGAAACAUGAGACAAGCGGCAUGUGUUCCUCUGAAUCCUGCUUCCACACCGCCUGUAUUAGGGAAAGCGGGACUAAAAUCUGCCAUAACGAUGAUGUGUCGGAACUCUUCACCUGAAACAUAAUUUUCCUUGCCAAGAGUGAUUUUCGUCUGUGGUGCAUUUUGCCAGCGUUUGCUCCAGUAACGACAAACCUUGCUGGGCAUCAGACGUGAAAAAUAGAACCGUGGCGGCUCGGCUCAGAAACGUUUGAAAUGGCCCCGACCCGGGGAAAGCGAGGGAUGAAAGUUAAAUAAACAAAUAUGUACUCCAAUGUAUAAAUAACCGAAACAAAACAAAAACAAAGAGAUUAAUGUUUUGUUGUGAUAUGUGUGUGUGCAUGUAUAUGUGUUCGGGCGGAUGUACCAAAUUGGACCGUCCGACCGCCGCUGCUACUGGCUUCGCGUCGGGUGUUUUACUCAUUCCCAUUGCGGCACGGCGGGACGAGUGCUUUGCGGAAAUGUUCCUAAAAUAUUUUCACUGCCGGUGGGAGCCGCACCGUUUCAACGGUUUACUGGAGUAUGUAGUCAUGCAAACACCGCAAUUUGACGUGUGCAAACGAAGCUGCCAUCUGACGCGGUACAAUCGAAUCGGGGUAAUUAGUGUGGUCGAAUCGCUGCUACCUGGUGUUGCGUUUUCACAAGUGGUUGAGUGGACGAGAAAAUAUUGCAGGCGUCAUUUUUCCGAACUAACGAAUUUUACGAAUAGUCGAAUAGAUGGGAAGAUUACAAACAAGCAAGCAGCAUAAAAUUUUCAAUCAUUCUAUCAGCUCUGCUUUGCUCAGAUUUUCGCAUUUUUUACUUCUUCCGGUCAGAUUAAUCGAAUACCUUUCACCGACAGAUUCCCGAUGGAAAUUCUUCCCAUAACCGUUGUGUAGACGGGCAAACGGGUGAUAAUUCACCGACCCACCAGCAGCCGUUUGUUUCCCUUGUCCGCUUCGACUCAUCCAUAACCGACGAAACCUACGCAUCCACGGCACAUUCCGAGCUACCGUCUUUUGGCACGACCGUGUGUCUUUUCAAACGUAAACACAGUCUGACUCAAAAUUUCUUCCAAGCGGUGUGGUCAGAUUUUACCUAAGCGCAUGGAUGGCGUUUUCUAUAUAAAUUUCGAAGUCCGGGCAACAUUUUUGCUGCCGAGAUAUCGACUUUCCUCGGAAACUAAUAAUUAGAAGCUUUUGAAACUAGAAACUUUUCUUAUCUUUCAUAAAUAAUAUCCUAUACGAUGUUUUAAUAAGUGCUAGCAGGCCCGAAGAUAAACAAUUGAGAUUAAGAAACUGCUGUAGACACAUGAAUUGUUACUUUCACUGUUGGUAUUUUAUUAUGAAAGGAUUUACACUUUAGCUUUAUCUUUUCAAUUUGAUUGCAAAAUUUCUCUGUAAUGUGAUCACCUAUUCACUUGAUGAAGCGACUUGAUUAAGCGAUGAGUGACAAUUAAUUGAAGAUCAGACGCAAGAGUGGUAGAGUUUAAUAUCGCAAAAAAAAUCUAGUGCUCUGCUCAGUGCAUCGUAGAAGUUAGCAAAUAUUCCUUUUUUAGCGUCCUAGCAGAAUCGUGUAAAUUGAAACAGAUGACACUUUUACUACUGAAUUUUACUACUUAUUUUUAUUAUGCUGACAGACACAUAUUUCGACGUCAACUUCCGAUUUCACCAACAAACGAAAGACGUGUAUCAAAACAACGUCGUGCCGACACUCAGAGUCUUAAUUCAAAUGUUACUUAGUCUAGAAUAUCGCCCGCCCAGCUAUCUUCGGGAUACGAUGCUGGCCUAACAAUCCAGUCGUCGUAUGUUCAAAUCUCGGCUGGGAGGUGCUGCUAUAGAGUCAGCAGGAUCGUUGCACUAGCGCCGUAAUUGUCAUGUACUCUAAUAACCGGCUGCGAAGUCUGUCGAUAAAGAAGGGUCAAGUCCUCAAUAGGACGUUUAUACCCAUGACUUUGCUUUGGUUGGUGCUUUCUUUGGUCAUUAUUAUUACAUUAAAUUAACGAAAAGGUGUAUUUUUGAUCUUAAUGUUUGUAAUCACUAGUUUUAGAAGAAAAUUUUCAAAUAUCCAGGUUAACCUCAUACAACCGGUGCUUACAUACACUCAAGUCUCGUUUUACACGUUGUUUUUUACGAUUUUUGAAUUGACGCGGUUUUUUCAUAAAUUUUUUUGAAUAAACGCGGUUCUUUAUGAUGCUUUUUGACAUUUAAUUCCCAUUAUUUUUCGAACUAACGUGGUUUUUCAGCGAUUUUUACAUUUGAGCGGUUUCUUCGACGACUUUGAAUUAACGCGGUUUUCUUGCGUCGAUUUUUGAAUUGACACGGUCUAUUGUAUGACAAUUUUGAAUUACUGCGGUUUUUUUACAACAUAUUUCGAAAUACGGCAGCUUUUUUUAAAUGUUAUAGGACAAGAGUGAAUAGAUGACUGAAUACGAUGACCACGACAAGACAAUUCACUGACAUUAAUCGCGAGCUUAAUUCGGGCAACUUGAGUCCUCUUGGUCCGAGGAACGGCGCUCAAUGGACCAAAAUAGGUUAGUUCGGUCGGCUUAUUUUGCUUGGUUAAUUCGCGAGUCGGGCCGAGACCUAAUGAGCAAUACGAUUCAGCCCAUCAACUCGCACAAAAAAAAUAUCAAAAAAGCCAUGGACCUUAAAAACUUUCAACAACUAUUAUGAAGCAUAAUUCGAAUGAAUUUGCAAACAUUUUUAAAGAGCCUUUCAACCGGAUACUGAGCCAAGGAAGGUACGCAGACUGUUUGCAAGAGUAGUACCUAUUUUUAACUCUGGAGAUGAAUCUUACCCUUGCUACUACCAUCCUAUUUCUACACUGUCUGUAAUAAACAAAAUUUUUGAAAAACUAUUGGUGAAAAUAUUAACAAACUUUUUGAAUAAACUCAACGUUUUCUAUAAAUUCCAGUACGGGUUUGGGAAACGAUGCAGCACCUUUACGGCAAUAAUUGAGUUUAUUAACUUCUUACUAAAUAAAAAUAAGCAAAAAAUUAGCGAACGAUAUUAUUCGUAGCGUGGCUAUUCGAGUGAACGGCAGCGAUUUGUGGCAUUAAAAGAUGCCAAGAGCUCUCUAAGAUCUAUGAACAUUGGAGUUCCACAAGGUAGCGAUAUUGGGCCGUUUCUAUUUUUUAUACACAUUAAUGAUAUAAGAAACAUACCAC